AUUUUCUCUGUGUAAUAAUCCAUUCAUCCAUCUUCUACUGCUUAUCCGGGCUUGGGUCGCGGGGGCAGCAGCCCAAUCAGACUUCCCUCUCCUCAGCCACUUCCACCAGCUCUUCCCGGGGGAUCCCGAGGCGCUCCCAGGCCUGCUGAGAGACAUAGUCUCUUCUGCGUGUCCUGGGUCUUCCUCGUGGUCUCAUACCGGUGGUACAUGUCCUGAACACCUCAACAGCAAGGCGUCCUAAUAAAAUGCCCAAGCCACUUUACAACUGUUAUUACUAUAAUUACCAUUAUUACCCCUAGUUGUUAAUCAAAUGUUGGGAUAUUUUUGAGUAUGUGAUACAUACUUGUAAAAUAUCCUAUUAAGUAUGCCUUAAGUAGACAGCCUCUAUAAAUGUUUCUUUUAAUUUCAAUAGGCUUCUCCUGGAAGGCGUCGUCGGAGAGCUGUGGCUGUCAGGCGUGCUGGGCAGAGGGAGUUCACUUCUGACUCUGACUGCACUGCUGUCCCACCACCUGGACAGGCUUCUCCUGGGAGGUGUCGUCGGAGACCUGUGGCCGUCAGGUGCGCCGGGCGGAGGGAGCAGGUUGGUGUCAACGUUUUUCCCUUACAAUUUCAGGUACCUGCGGUCCGUGGCGAGCCAACGGUCAUCAGGGAGGAGCCUGCUGUCCAGGAGGAAGCCCAGGUGCCGCUGCAGGUCUUCGCAGAUAAGGUUGAUUCUUUUCCUCUCCCUAGUGAUAGUGGUAGGGUUAGUAAACCUCAGUCCGUCUGCGGUCGCGUGGCAAUGGUCGAGCGGGAUCGUCUGGGAAUUAGCGUAGCUACGGUUGUGCGCGGAUCUUUUCACCAGGGGGAUGGCAGGUUUAGUUACGGAGGGAAGCAGUGCAUGGCCAUUGCUUUAACUAGUAUAGCUAAGCAUGUGGUGAAAAGUGUGUUUUCGUGGGAGACACAGGAUCUCGAUCGCAUCCUGUAUCUAGGCGAUGAGUUGUACAGUAGUUUGCGCAACCUGGGUAUUUUUAACCAUCCGUCGCAGUUUUUGUCCGUGCCGGAUCUACCUAGUAAUGUCGAUAUUGACGAGCAGUUGUUUAGUUUUCAUUUUAGUCAACACCCGGCAUCAGGUGCUGUGGGUGUUGAGCAGGAAAGUGGUCCCUUUGUGAGUCUGCGUCAUGGAUUAGAGGGAGUUUUCAGGCAGUACAGCAUGUGUCUGCUGACACUGCUAGCGUAUACAUCUGCCAUCAUCUGUGAGGAUGGACAGUUUGCUGUGGUCGACAGUCACUCUCGUAGUAGCUGUGGCCUGCUAGAUCACAACGGUACAAGUGUAAUACUGCACUUUUCCUGUUUAGAUGACCUGCAUCACUACAUCUGUUGUUUGGCUGACGCUCUCUGUUCAGGGCUGAAGCCUUUUGAGCUGUGUGGUGUUAGGGUUAGUGUAGGUGCAAGUCCAGCGUUAUCUGGAGCUUCUGUAGAGAGUUGCAUCUUUGAGAUGAGCACUGCUGCAGCACCUGAGCGUAGUGACAUAAGUGAUGUUUGUGCCACCACCUCCUUGUUUGACAGUGAUGCAGGUCCAGCUGUGAGCCACGCACAAUCCGGUGUUCCUGUGGAGAGUGGCUUCAUAGAGAUGAGCACUGCUCCGGCACCUGGAUUUAGUGACCUUGACAAAGAUUUUGCAGCCCCAUCUGUGUGUCAGAGUGGGGCUGGUGUUAAAGCGAGCCCAGCACUGUCUGGCGUAUCUGUUCUCACUUUUUUAAGUGAAGUUAGCAGUGGCUCAACAGCAGAAUUUGUUGCCACUGAUGGCAAAAAGCGUACGAUUUUGUCUCGUGAACGCAAGUCGAAACAAUCAAAGCGUUUUGAUAGCGUUACAUUAAACUCUGAUGUAGUGUUUAUCGCUGCAUCAGAGAGUGAGAAACAGUUUUUCCGUCCCCUCGGUGAUGAUGUUUGUAGGGCUUUGUGUAGUCUAUUAAAAAUAGAUUUUAUGAAAGUCGGUGGUCUGGUGCACAGAGAGGUGGGCUACUUAGGUGUUCCCUGCCUUAGGGAGAAAAUUGUUCCGGAUGGGAACUGCUUUUUCAGAGCUGUUUCUCACGCUGUCAGUGGUUCACAGAAGAACCAUCGUAAGAUUAGACUGGCAGCCUGUAGACAGCUAGAAAAGAAUGAGGCUAGGUAUCGGGGUCUUUUGAGGAGUGAUAUGUCACUUUUAGAGUACAUCAAGCAGUCCAGGAUGAAGUGUGUAAAGACUUGGGCCACAGAGGUUGAAAUCCAGGCCACUGCAGAUUAUUUAGGCAUUGCCUUUUUUACUUUUCAUGAUGCCCGUUGGCUAAAAUAUCGUUGCAGCAGUAAGUGUUUGUCAGCGGACUGCAUUUAUUUGGAGAAUGUCGGGGGCCAGCAUUUUGACUGCAUUCUUUGUGUUUUCAAGCCUGGACUGCAAAGUUGUCAUGGAUAUUGUGAAUUAGGCUGGGAUAUCGGCUGUACCACUAGGUCUUCAGUGAAAGAUAGAGCGGGGCAGGCAGUAGAUGGGAUAGAUUGUCUAGAUUCAGGUAAAGAUGUUAUAGAGGUUGUAGAGGACAGUACAAUAAGUAGGGAUUCUAGUGCCACGAAGUACUCAAAGUGUAAGGAAAGACUGCAGGAUACUGUUACUAUUAAACGUCGAGAGAGACGUGCCCUGCUUUAUAGGAAAAUGUAUGGUGAGGACUUCAACUACAGGGAGAGCUGCACAUCACGAAGUGUAGACAAAUACAGAGAUAGCUUUGAGCACAGAGAAAGGGUUAAAUUGGGGAGUAAAGUGGCGAGUGAAAUAAAAUACAGGGAAACUAUGGAACACAGACACAGGGUACAAGCACGCAGCGUAGGACAGUACAGAGAUAAUUUACAACACAGAAACAGGGUUAAAGCACUCAGUGUAGGGAAAUACAGGGACAUUCCACAGCACAGGGCAAGCGUUAAAGCACGCAGUAUACGUAAGUACAGAGACAUUCCAGAGCACAGGAACAGAGUUAAAGCACACAGUGUACGUAAAUACAGAGACAUUCCAGAGCACAGAGACAGCGUUAAAGCACGCAGCGUAGGGAAGUAUAGGGAACAUUUAGAACACAGACAGCAAGUGAAAGCUAGUGUACAGCUGAGUCGGAAGCAGAGGCUGGAGAGGUCUGUAGAUUUUGGUUUUGUCAUGGAUAGUUUUUUGGAUAAGGUUAGAGACGGACCGGAUUUUGUGUGUAGUGUUUGUCAUAGGCUGCUGUUUAGAUAUCAGGUGCUGCACUGUGAGAGGGAAGUAUAUGCAGCAUGUUUAGCAACGGCUGGCAUUGCAAAUAAUUGCAUUAGUGAGCAUUAUCUGCAUAGUUGUGAUGAUAGGUGUGUUGAGCCCUGUCCCCUUGUUGUGUCCAGAGGUCAGUUGUGGAUUUGCUUUAGUUGUCAUAGUAAGAUCAGUAAAGGUCAAAUCCCAGCUGAAUGUUGGAACAACACCUUAGCUGUACACCCCAUUCCUCCAGAACUGGGAUGUCUGAAUAGCUUAGAGCAGCACCUGAUUGCUUUACGCAUCCCUUUUAUGAAGGCGGUGGCGUUGCCCAAGGGUGGUCAGAAUGGUGUACAUGGGCCCGUUACUUGUAUUCCGGCCAACAUUGUACAAACCACCAAUGUGUUGCCGCGCUCCAGUAUGGAGGGGUCUCUGCUUCAAGUGAAGUUAAAGCGGAAGUUGACUUACAAAGGACACUACGAGUAUCAGUUUGUUGACUCGUGGCGUGUCAGGCGUGCUAUAGAGUACUUAAAGAGAACCAAUGUCUUGUAUAAAGACAUUGAGUUCAACGAGGAAUGGUCAAAUGCUUUUUGUAGGGAGGAAGAGGUUGUAGAGGAUGGUCAGGGUGACCAGGUUGUUGUAGAGGAUGGUCAGGGUGACCAGGUUGUUGUAGAGGCUGGUCAGGGUGACCAGGUUGUUGUAGAGGCUGGUCAGGGUGACCAGGUUGUUGUACAGGAUGGUCAGGCUGGUCAGGGUGACCAGGUUUUUGUUGACCCACAGUCCAGUGAGGAUGAGGCUGUAGAGCAGAAAGGUGGCCCAGAAGACGAAUCCGAAGAAAUUGUGCAAGAUGAACUGUUACAUGACAGACAACAGCACUGCAUGUUUCAGGACACUUGUCUUAUGCCCGUUGAUAUCGGUCAGGAAGCAUUAGAUCACUAUUUUAAGGAUGUUGUAUGUCUGGCCCCCGCGGAAGGUAAUAGUCCGGUUAGAAUGCUUUCUGACAAAUUCAAUGAGGCCAUGUGUUUUCCUGCGCUGUUUCCAAACAGCAGAAAUACAUUCCACGCCGACCGAGCGCAUCGUAUAACAUUGUUGCGCUAUUUUAAUAACCGGGUAAUGCAUGCAGACGGCCGUUUUGCGCGCAACGUUGAAUACAUAUUCUUUUGUCAGUAUAUGUCCGAAUUGGACCAAGUCAUUAGUAGCAUUUCCGUCGCCAUGCGUAAAGGUAAGGGGGGUCAGCAUUCUCAGCGGAUUUUGCCGGACAUGCUCAAAGACGACGAGUCUCUGAAGCGCUUGCUACAGUUCGAUGACGGUUUUCGUUUCCUUCGGCCCAUUCGCGGGACGCCAGCUUUUUGGUCUUCCGUUCAGAAAGACCUUAUGGCUUGUGUCCGCCAAUUGGGGAUCCCAACAUGGUUCUGCUCCUUUUCGUCUGCUGAUCUGCGCUGGCAGAAUCUCCUUGCCAGCAUCCUGAGACAGGAAGGCAGACAGCAGACAGCAGAACAGCUAGAGUGGGCCGAUAGGUGCGAGCUGUUGCGGCGCAACCCGGCCACAGCCGCGAGGAUGUUUGACUACAGGUGGCACUGUUUUCUGAAGGAAGUACUCAUGUCCCCGUCUAACCCUGUUGGCAAGAUUUUGGAUUUCUUUUAUCGCAUUGAGUUCCAGCAGCGUGGGUCCCCCCAUGUUCAUGCGCUGUUUUGGAUUGAGGGAGCUCCCCAGUUUUAUAAAAACCCCGACUUAGAAGUCGCACAAUUUAUCGAUCAAUAUGUGACAUGUGAGCUACCCUCUGCCGAUGACACAUUAUCGGAAGUUGUGUCAUCGGUUCAACUGCAUUCGAAACGGCAUUCAAAGUCGUGUCGUAAAAAUAACACCAAAUGCCGUUUCAAUUUUCCCAAACCCAUCUCUGCACGCACAUUCAUCUGCAAAAUCCCAGAAUGUGUUUGUCCUAAAAAGGCAACGGGGACAGAGAGUGAGUGCCUUCCAGAAAACCGGCCAAAGUGCACCUGUUUAGAUAAGGACAAGAAGAUGCGAAAGGAGGUUGCGCAGAUGAUUAUGGAGAAAGUCAUGGACGCCAUGGAGAGGGAGGAGCCCUUUGGUAGCGUAGAAGAGUUGUUUGCCAGUGUGGGCAUCAACCAGGACGUCUUUGAGCUCGCGUAUUGGCGGCUGGAGACUAAGAAUAAGGUGGUUUAUAGGCGAGGGGUAAACGACACCUGGGUUAACCAGUACAAUAAGAAUCUAUUGAAGUGUUGGAACGCUAACAUGGACAUUAGCUUUGUCACUGACGCCUACGCAGUCGUCAUCUACAUAAUCAAGUACAUCACAAAAGCAGAGAAUGAAAUUGGUCUGUUGUUGAGCAAUGCCCUUAAAGAAGCCAAUAAGCUAGGAAAUCUCUCUGCUAAAGAGGCUUUAAACAAACUGGGCAGUGUAUAUUUACACAACAGAGAUGUCUGCGCUCAGGAGGCAGUGUAUAGGCUAAUGAGCAUGCAUUUGAAAGAAUGUUCCAGGAAGGUGGUGUUUAUUCCAACAGGGAAUAACAUUGUGCGGAUGAGCUUACCCCUCAGCGUGUUGUUGGAAAGGGCUUCCUCAGAGGGUCUCAGGUCCGAAAACAUGUGGAUGACGAGUGUUGUCGAGAGGUACCAGAACAGGCCCGACGGUGGCGUAUUUGCCGAUAUGUGCAUAGCCACGUUUUGUUCGGAGUAUCGUGUUCUCAGCCAGAAUGAAGACUCUGCCAACAAAAUUGCACUUCAAGGGGGUUUAGGGUUCAUCUUGCGGAGAACACGAACUCAGUUUGCCGUCGUCCGCUACAUGCGCUUUAAAUUAGACAAACAGGAGGAAGCCCACUUUCAGAGUUUGCUGCAGUUGUUCCUUCCUUAUAGAACUGAUUGUGAACUCAAGCCGGAAGGCUUUGACUUCUACAAACAGUUCCACGACGAAGGUAAUGUGACGUUGGCUGGCGGGACCGCACGGCCGGUGCGAGACGUCGUCGGUGACAACAGGGCAAACUUUGAAGUGGACUGUCCUCGGUUAGAGCGUGCGCAGGAGCUUGCGGAUCUGUUAGGUCCUAAUGUCGAUGAGGAUGCGUGGGGGGACCUUCGUCCUGAACAGGAAAUCGAACACAUGGAGUGUUUAGAGGAGAGGCAGAAGCAGCAGCAGGAGGAAAUUAGUGACGAGCAGCUAGUUCAAUCUGAGGAAAAUGUCCCCGAUUUGUUUGUUGGUGGUAAACAAGUAGCUACGAUUGAGAGAAACACCAACAUUUUGUCUAGAAGGGAGGGUUUAGCUCUGCUCCAUUCUCUCAAUGAGACGCAGAGGAGCGUUUUGGAUACGAUUAGGGAAUGGUGCUUACAAAAGGUGAGGGGAAAAAACCCGGAACCUUUCCAUGUGUUCGUCACUGGUGGGGCAGGUACUGGAAAAAGCCAUUUGAUUAGAGCUAUCCAGUACGAGGCAGGGAGACUAUUGUCGCGUCUGUACAAACCAGAUGAAACCUGCGUGCUCUUAACUGCCCCCACAGGCAUAGCUGCAUACAGUUUACAUGCAGCCACAAUUCACCACACCUUCAGUAUUGGCAUACAGGUUAGUUUACCCUAUAUCCCUCUGGGGGAAGAUAAGAUAAACUCCCUGAGGGCUCAAUUUGGUCACCUACAAAUUCUCAUCAUUGACGAAAUCAGUAUGGUAGAUCACCAUCUUUUAGCCUAUGUGCACGGCCGGUUAAGGCAAAUGAAGCAUACGGGGGACUUUUCUCCAUUUGGAAACGUUAGCGUUGUAGCUGUCGGUGACUUUUAUCAGUUGCCGCCCGUUAAAGGGAAGCCGCUGUACGCCAGUCAGGUGGGUGUGGACCUCUGGUGUCAUUUUACAAAAGUAGCGCUAACAACAGUUGUGAGGCAAAAAGAUAGUGUCUUUUCUGAGCUGCUCAAUAGGCUUAGAGUUCGGGCGAAGGGAACCCCCUUAUUGCAAAGCGACGUCGAUAUCCUCAAGUCCCGGGAGACGGGGGAAGAGAGCGCUGCUUUGCAUAUUUAUCCCACAAAUAUGCAAACCAGCCACCAUAAUCUGGAGAGGUUAUUCGCAAUCUGUCCAGAUUAUGUUACAAUCGAGGCGCAAGACUUUAUCAACAGUAGGAAGACGGGUCAAUUAGAGCGCGUGGCCGAUCAUCACGCUAAAACGUCGUACACGUGUUUGGUCAAGAGUUUGUGCUUGGCUCCGAACGCACGUGUAAUGCUGUGCAAAAACAUUGCCGUGGCAGACGGUCUGGUCAAUGGCGCAUGUGGAACGGUCACUUAUAUUCAUUUUGGAGCCGAUAAAGACUUCCCCCUCACAGUUUAUGUGAAAUUUGAUGACCCAAAAAUAGGCUCACAAAGGAGAAAGGAACGUUCCCAUGCUGCUGUAGAAUGCCCGCAUUCUACCGCCAUUGAUCCCGUGGAGGAUUCGGCGACAAAACGCGGCGGUUUGCGUCGUCAGUUUCCGCUUAAACUCGCGUGGGCCUGCACUGUUCACAAAGUGCAAGGUCUAACUGUAGAUGAGGCUGUCGUGUGUUUACACAAGGUUUUUGCAGCUGGGCAGGCGUAUGUCGCCCUCAGCCGUGUCAGGGAUAUAUCCGGCCUUGUCAUUACUGACUUUAAGGAAAAGGCCAUUUACUGCAAGGACGCCGUCAAGGAGGCAUUGGAUAGCAUGCCCCCAUUUCUACUUGAACAGCCACAGCCCUCGUUAGAAACCCGCAGUUUCUCCGCGUAUUUACUGAACGUCCAAAGUUUACCUUGCCACGCCGCUCAUUUGAUGUCUUGUACGCAGCAUUUACAGCCUACCUGUAUUGCUGUCACAGAGACGUGGCUCACUGCACAAUCCUCCACAGACUGUGUCCAAAUACAGGGAUACACUUUCCAUAGUCGUCCCAGAGCCUUGUGUUACAGUAGCAAUGAUGUCAAAUUAGCUGAGAUUAGAGAUUUACAACAUGGCGGAGUAGGUUUAUAUGUUGUAGAUAAUUCGGACUGUGAGAUUCUGCAGGUGCCCGAUUUAAAUCUGGAGUGUUUGGUGUGCCUGUCUACCAAAGAAAACAUUUUGAUGGCAGUAAUUUAUCGUCCGCCAUCUUACCCAAAUUUACUAUUUAAAUCCAAUCUGGUGAAGUUACUUGAUUGGGUCACUCCACUCAGUAACACAAUUGUUAUCAUGGGAGAUUUUAAUGAAGACAUUCUCAAACAUUCAUCAAUUUCUAAAUUAAUGGGCCAAAAUGGCUUUUCGCAGCAUGUAACACAAGCGACUACAGAGAAUGGGACAUUAAUUGACCACGUUUAUGUCAAAACAACGCAGUAUGCUGUGGAUUGUGCAGUGCUGUCCACUUAUUUCAGUGACCACGAAGCCAUCCUGUGUGCUUUUCGUGGUCUACAUGAAGGUGAUGCGUUUAAUUUGGAGUUGUUGUUUGCAGAGCAGUUUGCUGAUGAAGAGGGUCCCUAAGCAUCGU